AUGAGCGAUGGCAGGCAUUCUACCUCGUCACUUCAGUCUUCAGGUGUUACCUCAGCUGAAGAGUUAUCCGAAAAAUAUCAAAAAUUAUUCUACGAAUUUUCUCGGAUUAAAGCACAACAUUCUGUAUUAAAGAAAGCCGUCAUUAAGGAACAAACGACUAUUUCUUCAUUACAAGAUGAAUGCAAAACCAAAGAACAAGAAUUGCGUACAUCACUACAACAGCUCGAUCUUUUAACUUUUCACAAUCAACGUUUAACCAAACGCAUUGAAAGUUUACAGGAUUCGAGUACUGCGAGAUUAUCACCAGGAUGGUUGGUGGGUUCAGCUAAAAAAGAACUUGAAAAAUCAAAAGCGACUUUAGAAGCUACCAAUGUAGAACUGAACAGAAAAAUCGAAGAAAAUGAAAAAUUACAUAAAGAGUUAUUUGAGGUUAACAGCUUAUAUACACAACAUGUGAAUUCUCUCGAAUCUAAAAUAUCAGAUUUAGAGAAAAAGGCGGAGGAACACCAGAACGAAUUAACAAGAUCGCAUCUUGCUAGCGAAGAGGCCUUGAGUAAAAUACGCCAAGAAAAGCGUGAUCUUGAUAAUGAUCUUGACCAAACAAGAGCAGAGCUACGCACAAUAAGAGCGCACAUGGAGAGGAACGAACAGAAAUUGAAAGAGGGCGAUUAUGUAUCACAAGCAGAAGUUAUUACGCUUCGAGAUAUAUUAACAAUAAACUUGGGACUCUCACAUGAAUCACAGAAUGAUCAAUUUAAUGCAUUACAUGAAAUUGAUAACGAAUCAUAUGAACUUAUAGAAAGCUUUAGAGAAUUGCAAUCAAAUGCUCGAUAUUAUUUAGAAUCACUUAAAGAAAAGCCAGAUUCAGAUUCAUCUGAUGAACUAGGUUCGAAAGUAAAAAAUUCUAGUUUAGUAUGGCAACAAAAUCUACAAAAACUAGCGGUAAAAUUGGCUUCUGCUCAAAACCGAAUAACUGAAUUAACUGCUGAAAAAGAAAAACUUAUUAAAGUUAGCGAGGCUGAAUCAAAUAAGAUCAAAAUUCUGGAAAGUCAAAUUUCUCAAUUGAAAGAAGAAUUGGACAAUCAAAAGUCAACAUAUAAUGGUUUAACGACAAAAAUGAAGGGAGAUAAUAACACAGAAAAUGGAGUUUGUGAUAACGAAGUAGUAAACGGAGUGAACAAGAUAUCAUCGAAUGAUGUAAAUAAAGAUAAUGCAGGAAAAAGAGAAAAUGAUACAAAUAUUACAUCACAAGAAAAUGAUUAUGACGACGAUAAUGAGUCAUUUAUUUAUCCUAAUGACGCUGAAAAAAGAGAAAGCACUGAACUUUCUGACCAACCAAUUAAAGAUACCUCUCGCCCAACAGCUCUAACUGUAGUGACCUCACCAAUAACAAGAUCCACAACUGAUGAUAUUGAUAUUAACGCAAGUCGCAAUGUUACUAAAAGCGAAGAUGAUGCUAAACAACGAGAAGCUCUUAUUAAAAAAAAUUAUGAAUCUAAAAUAAAUCAGUUAACGGAGCAGCUACAAAUGUCAGAUAGUAAAUCAGUAAGAUUAUUCUCGGGUUUAAAACUCAUGAAAGAAAAAUUAGUUGAAGCGGAUGACGGAAGGUCACGAGCGGAGCAAGAAAAGAAAAUGUUACAAAAUGAAUUAAACCAAUUGAAGGAAAAAUUGCACGAAGAACGUGAAAAUUAUAAAAGGCAGAUUGAUACGAUGACAGUAUGGAUCGAUAAACAGCAUGAAGAUAUUGCAAACAAAAAUCGCCAAUUAGAAGAACUUCGGGCAAAUUAUGAUUAA